UUACGGCUAUGGCCUACGGCCAGGUCUCGAGCCCCACCUCCAACCACCGCCAUUCUCCUCUUCAGUCCCCCUCCCCAGCCCCAUUUUCUUUAUACUCUCCCCCAUCCCCAUUUGAUUUCAAUCUCUCUCUCUCUCUCUCUCUCUCGUGCUAAUGCUGGAACAGAGUCGACACUGCUCCCCAAAUCUUCCGGCGAUUCACAGGCGAUGAGACAUGGGUAAGGCGUCGAGAUGGCUGCGGGGGCUUUUCAGCCCCAGAAAGUCGUCGGAUUCGUCGGAGAAGAAGAAGGAGGCUUAUACCAGAUCCUUCAGUGGCGACGACCAGCUGAGUGGUGGUGGCAGCAAAGGCUCCUUCACUGCCGAAGCGUCCUCGUCCGGCGCCUAUGAGGAAGUGAUCGACGCCAACAAACACGCGAUUGCGGUGGCUGCGGCGACGGCGGCCGUGGCCGAGGCGGCUCUAGCCGCCGCGCAGGCUGCCGCCGAGGUUGUAAGGCUGACGAGUGCUGGCGGGAGCAGGCCCCCCUCCGGACACGCCGGAAUGAGUUUCCGGCGGCGGGAAUUGGCGGCUGUCAAGAUCCAAUCGGCUUUCCGAGCUUAUCUGGCGAGGAGAGCAUUGAGGGCGCUAAAGGGGUUGGUGAGGCUUCAGGCAUUGGUCAGAGGACACAUCGUAAGAAAACAAAGUGCAGAUAUGCUUCGACGCAUGCAGGCACUGGCACGAAUACAGGCCCGAGCAUGUGCAAAUCGAGCUCAUGCUCCAGAAUCCUCAUAUUCUACCACCAAGUCCUCCCAGUCAUAUAAUUCAGGCCAAGGGACUCUCAAAAAUUGUGACAGUCAAUUUCCUGCGUACAGUACCAAAUCUGAUCGGCCCUUGGCGCCAAUGAGGCCUCAAUCAAAGAUGAAGAUCAAUGGCAAUAUUGAUCUACAAAGGUCUCAUUUGGGAUCAAAUUGGUUAGACCGCUGGAUGGAAGAAUGUUCGUGGAACAGCCAGGCUGGAGCCUCGCCAUCAACUGGACGUGCCGAUGAAGAGAGGAGUGACAAGAUCCUUGAAGUGGACACUUGGAAGCCUCACCUGACCUCUAAAGGACGUGAAGAAAUCUUUAGGACGUCGAAGCAUGUUACAACAUGCGAUUGCAAUCAGGGCGUUACAAUAUUUGACUCUCUGUCAAGACAGUCGACCAAUUCUCAAAAGCAAAAUCCAAGUAUACCUUCUGCUGAAGCUCUGUCGUUAAGAUCCCUAAAAUUCCCUGUGCAAGUAGAUCAGGCGGCUGUAUGGACUAGGGAGAACAGCCCACAAAUGUAUUCUGCAUCAUCUAGACCUGGAAGUAGUGGCAGAAGAGGACCCUUCUCACCCGCAAGGAGCGAGUUUUCAAGAAGCUUCUUUAGUGACUACCUAGGGCACCCGAACUACAUGUCUAACACGGAAUCAUUUCAGGCGAAGGUCAGGUCCCAGAGCGCACCCCGACAGAGAAUGCAAGUUGAAAAACUUGGUCCAACCAAGAGCUUUGUUCGCGGGUACUGGGACGCAGACACUGUUUCUGAAAUGGGGUCUGCUUCGCACGCCAACUACAGGACCAAAGCUUACCCGGGCUCUGGUCGCAUGGAUAGACCUGGGACGCCGUUUAAAGGGAAAGGGAACGGCAUAGCCAGCUACAAUCCUGGUUAUGGUGGUAGGUUCUGAGUCAUGCUCUUCCAUGAAUUGUUGUUGGUCGAUCCUCUAGCUUGUCAAAACAUUGCGAUUGGAACAACCAUUUGCCUGUAAUUGUUUGCUUGUAGAAAUGUCGACGAUUGUGUUAAGAUAACAGAGAGGACAAGAACUGUGUGUUGUCCAGCAGUUGCUUUGAUUAUAGCCAUUUAACUGUGCCUGUAUGAUCUCUUUUGACAGAGACGAAGGUUAAAGCUUCUUCUAACUUUCAAUGUAUUUUUUGCUUGUUGAAACACAAA